AUGAAUCCCACAUGGAUGGCAUCCAACAUCGCUGACGAAAUACAAUCUUAUGAAAAUCCACCUUCGUUACGUCGUGAUGCAUUAAGAAGAAAAAUAAAUCGAAUAUUACAACGGGGAACAAUGAAAGAUAGAUCACGAUGCGGUGCACCAAGAACUGUGGUUUUUGAUUUACAACAUACAAAUAUUCAAAGUAAAAGAACAUUCGUUCGAAGAGCAAUUGAAGAAUUAAAACUGAAACCAUUUAAACUGAAAAAAGCACAAAAGUUAAUAGCAUCCAACAAACAACGACGUGUUACUUGUGCGAAAAAGUUAAUACGAAAAUUUGGUGCAAGAAAAAAUGGCCCGAAAUGGGAAUGGAACAAAAUUGUUAAUACUGACUUUUCAGGAAUAUUUACAAUUGAAGGUUUUCACAAUAGCAAAAAUGUUGUGAUUUAUGUUGAAGAUUCUUCUGAAAUUUCUGCUAAUUUAAUAGAAGCACCAAUGUUAAAGCAUCCAAAUGGUGUAAUGUUUUGGGGUGGAAUUUGCACGAAAGGCUUAAUACCUCACGAUGGCCCUAUUAAUUUUACUGAAUGGUUACGAGAUCAACGUCAAAAUGAUAAACGUAAAAGAAUGUACAUGACUGGUGAAUUGUAUGCUAGAUUUUUACGUGAAGAAGCCAUUCCGGCAAUUAAUGAAGUGGUGCAAAAUUUGGAUGAAGUCAUUUUCCAAGAUGAUCAAGACUCAAAACAUAGAACGCAAGUAGCUAUGGAUGUUAUUUAUGAUCUUUUUGAAGAAAGAAUUGAAGCAAAUGAUGGAGAUGCCAAAUUUGCAGAUGCAUGGCCUAUUGAAAACAUUUGA